AUGCUUCGUGGGUACAACAUUCGAGAUGUAUCAAGAAUUCAUCGAGAGUAUGGUGAGAUUGUUCGAAUCGGCCCCAAUGAGCUUUCUUUCGCGAAAACGGAAGCAUGGAAUGACGUCUUUUCCCAUCGACCUGGCCAUCAGGAGUUUUACCGUAAUCCCAUUUGGUGGAGCAGGCCCCCAGGACAACCUAGCUCAUUUAUCACCGCAAACCCUGAGGACCACGCUCGUAUGCGCCGUGUUCUCGGCGAUGCCUUCUCGGAAAAGGCGUUGAAAGAACAGGAACCAAUCUUUCAACGCUAUGUUCAGCUUAUGAUUCAAAGGCUUCGAGAAAAAGCUCAAAUUCGAGAUGAAGGCGUGAUUGUUAAUAUUGUGGAUUGGUACCGGUACUGCACAGUAAGAAAAGCCCCUUUACAAAGAUAGUGCAAAAGCUAACCCGAGGAAAUAGUUUGACAUUAUCGGAGAUCUAAACUUCGACGAGUCCUUCGACUGUCUAAGCAAUGGAAGAUAUCACUGGUGGAUUGAAGGUAUUUUCAAUGUUUUUAAGAUAUCUGCUUUUUUGGCAUGUAUCAGGUUUUUCCCAUGGCUGGAAGCAAUCUUUCUACGUUGCAUUCCAAAAAAGAUGCAAGACCUCCAACAACACUACCAAGCUGUUGUCGACAAGACACAACGUAGGAUGAAUAAGGGGCUUGGUCGCCCCGACAUUAUGUCUUACAUUAUGCGUAACAACGGAGAAAAAGGAAUGACGGCACCAGAAAUCCAAUCUUCGAUGAAUGUACUAAGUGUAGGUGGUAGCCAUAAUACGUCGUCUACUAUGUCAGGAAUCACAAAUUACCUGGUUAAAAACCCUGCUUGCCUUCAACGACUGGCCAUGGAAGUCCGCUCUGCUUAUCAAUCGUCACACGAUAUCACCCUCGCGAGUCUUCUAAAACUUCUAUAUCUCAAUGGAGUCAUAGAGGAAGGACUACGAAUCGCACCGCCUUUUCCAGCAGGUCCACCUCGAUGUGUGCCACCUGGCGGAGAUACGGUCUGCGGCGAAUGGCUUCCAGGUGGAGUAAGUACCCUCCAGCUCUAGAACCACCACCGUUUCAUGCUAAUUUCUUUCGUGGUUCAGACAGAAGUGCAAGUAAAUUCAUGGUCUCUUCAGCGUUCACCUGCUGCGUUUGUACUCCCGGAAGAGUUUCACCCGGAGCGUUGGCUUCUCCACACGGAUCCUUCCUCCAUCUUCAUUAAUGACGAUAAGAAUGCUUCCCAACAGUUUUCAGUGGGCCCUCGGAGAUGCCUGGCGCAGUCAUUGACCUAUGCUGAGUUGAGGCUGAUGCUUGCUUCUAUGGUGUAUUCUUUUGAUAUAAGACCUGUCGACAAUCCUGCUGGUAAGUUGGUCUGGUCUGAUCAAAAGACAUAUAUUGUUGUGGAUGAGAGGCCAUUUGAGGUUUGUUUGGUCUCUGUGGUGAAUUAA